AUGAAACUACAAUAUUUCGUCGCAACUGUACUUCUGCUCAGUUGCUGGUCUAGACAAACCACCGUUAAAGGUAAGGCAAUAUCCAACGUAGAAAAACCAGCACUUCCAAUCAAUGAACCAGUCAUCGCACCAUCAGAACAUGUACUUUCCACAGCUGGCACGGUGCUGAAAAAACCACCAUCCGUUGCUAUCAAUGAGCCUUCCCCGCAGCUCAACUUAAAUGAAACACCAGCUAAAACAACGAAUGGUGCAAUUCAUCUCAAAGCCACAGCUGAGAAAGUCGCAGAACCAAUCGCUAACAAAGUGCCAUCAGCACCACAUGAAUCAAGUCAAACAGAUAUAAAAACUGUGCAAGCUGCAUCAUCUAAUAUGCAUAAUGCUCCCGACACCCAACAAACCGGAGAAGCCCACAAAGGAUCACAAGAAGUGAAAUCCGCCGAACAAAAUGCUGUAUCAGCCGAAACACAACAAGCAUCAACUGAAGAGAAAUUACUUGAACGAGGUGGUACAGCGAACGAGCAAAAGCAAGAGUCGCAUCAACCCAAAUCAGCGGAACACCCUGCUAUAUCAACUGAAACAAAAGAAGCAGCUCAAGCUGGUAAAUCAGCCGACAGCAAAGAAGGAGCACAAAGUGGUAAAUCAGCUGAACAACGUGGUAACUCCGGUGAAAGCAAACAAGGAGCCCAAGGUGGUAUAUCUACCGAACACACUAGUAAAUCAGGCGAAAGCAACGAAGGAGCUCAAGGAGGAAAAUCAGCUGAACAUGGUGGCAAAUCUAGUGAAAGCAAGGAAGGAGCCCAAGGAGGAAAAUCAGCUGAACACGGUGGCAAAUCUGGUGAAAGCAAAGAAGGAGCUCAAGGCGGUAAAUCAGCUGAACACGCUGGCAAAUCUGGUGGAAGCAACGCAGGAGCCCAAGGAGGAAAAUCAGCCGAACACGGUGGCAAAUCUGGUGAAAGCAAGGAAGGAGCCCAAGGAGGAAAAUCAGCUGAACAUGUGGAAUUUCAGCGUUUUAUUUUUUUCGCUUACCUAUUCUCAACAACUCACAAAACACGACCUAUAUUCAGCGAACGAUAA